AUGGCCGACGUGAAUGACCAGGACAGUGCAACGGCCAGCAACGGCCAAGCUUCUCAGCCACCAAGUCAGACUCAGGAUGUUAGCCACCGAGUAAUUGAUGACGAAUCCCAUGAUACGGAUCGUCUAGAACCUGCGUAUCCUCUUUUGCAGAAUAAUGCUAGUAGCGAAACUUUACUACAAAACGUUCAAGCACAGAAGCGGACGGUCGAGGACGAUAAUGAUGAGGAACCAGUUGCUAGACCUUUUGUUCGAACAAGCAGCCCCGACAUAUCGUCUAGGGUUGCCACCCCGCCUGAGGAAGAACGAGCUCCCAUUCGAUCAGCCUACAAGAUGCAUAAGUUCACCUUGUACGAAACGGCGAGCCGGUACUACAUCGUUGGAGGAGAUGUUACCGAGAAACGUUAUCGCAUCUUGAAAAUAGAUCGUAACACUCACGAGUCUGAUACCCACGACUCUGACCUGACUAUAACGGAUGAUAAAAUUAUUUAUAGUCAGAAAGAGAUGAACUCGCUGUUAAACACUAUUGACGAUGGAAACAAAAGCACAGGUGGUAUCAAGCAGAGAUGUACGACUUGGGGGAUUUUAGGCUUCAUUAAAUUUACAGGGCCGUACUACAUGCUACUGAUCACCAAGAAAAGUACGGUUGCAAUGAUUGGCGGCCAUUAUGUUUACCAGAUCGACGGAACUGAACUCAUUCCUUUAACUCCAGCGAAGUACAAGACGGAUGCUCGCCAUGUCGAGGAGCAACGCUUCCUAAAUAUUCUUAAGAAUCUAGAUCUCACAAGAUCCUUCUACUAUAGCUACUCUUACGACAUCACCAGGACUUUGCAACACAACAUCACCCGAGAAAGAACUGCUUUACUGCAUGGAAUGCCAGCCCAUCUUUUGCGACCCGCCGAGGAUGCUAUUCAUGACCCUUUUGAUUGGUGUCGUCCGAUAAUACAUGGAUAUAUUGAUCAGGCUGCCAUAUCUAUAUACGGCAGGACAGCACAUAUCACCAUAAUCGCGAGGCGCUCAAGAUACUUCGCUGGCGCCAGGUUCCUGAAGCGCGGGGCAAAUGAUCUAGGCUAUGUAGCGAACGAUGUUGAGACUGAGCAGAUCGUUUCCGAAGCAUUGACAACCUCGUUCCAUUCUCCUGGCCCCAAGCUCUUUGCGAAUCCGCAGUUUACUUCCUAUGUUCAGCAUAGAGGAAGCAUUCCUCUUCAUUGGACGCAGGAUAAUAUGGGCGUUACCCCCAAGCCGCCGAUCGAAUUGAAUCUCAUCGAUCCUUUUUACACAGCAGCUGCACUGCAUUUUGACAACUUGUUCGAACGUUACGGCUCUCCCGUGUAUGCGCUCAAUCUCAUCAAAGCUAGAGAGAGGACUCCGCGAGAAUCUAAAUUACUUGACGAGUAUACAAAUGCUAUCAACUAUCUGAACCAAUUUCUACCGGAAGGACACAAGAUCAUCCAUAAAGCUUGGGAUAUGAGUAGGGCCGCUAAAAGCAAAGAUCAAGAUGUCAUUGGUACACUUGAGAACAUUGCUGAAACUGUCGUCACUACGACCGGCAUCUUCCACAACGGCGACGGCGAUAUUACUCAAACUAGUGUUCAGAACGGUGUUGCGAGAACAAAUUGCAUCGAUUGCUUAGACCGUACGAAUGCAGCUCAAUUUGUCAUUGGAAAGCGAGCGCUUGGACACCAGCUUCACGCCCUCGGUAUUCUUGAAGACACAACCAUUGAUUACGACACGGACGCGGUUAAUCUCUUCACUCAUAUGUACCACGAUCAUGGUGAUACGAUCGCAGUUCAGUAUGGAGGUUCCCAGUUGGUGAAUACGAUGGAGACGUAUCGCAAAAUAAACCAGUGGACUAGCCAUUCCCGUGAUAUGAUCGAGAGCUUCAAGCGGUAUUAUAAUAACUCGUUCCUAGAUAGUCAAAGACAGGAAGCUUAUAACCUCUUCCUUGGGAAUUAUAUCUUUGCUCAAGGGCAACCUAUGCUGUGGGAUCUCUCAACGGAUUACUACCUUCACCAUGCUAAUCCGCGAACAUGGUCACAAAAGGAGAAGCACGACUAUAUCCAUUGGUACACGCCGGCAUAUCUUGAGAAGCGGACUAUACCUGCUUUUGUACCACCAAAAAAAGAGAUGGCGACGAAACCUGUCUCAUUCUUCGAUGACUAUUGGCUGGAGAGUAUUAUCGCCCGUCAACAUUGUCUUCAUUUCCAAAAAUGUAAAUACGACUUGAGCCCCUUCCGCGUCCGCACUGAUGGCGACGGGGAAACCCACGAGAAGAAAAAGUCGACUGCAAAGAAGGAGGUGAUUAUUGUUGAUCCUCAAGAUUCCCGAAAAUCUUCGCCGGAUGACGACUCCGAGUCCGUCAUGACGGAAAAGACGAGUUCUCGGGGUAUAUCAAUCCAACGCUGGCUUCAGCCUAUGCAGCCGGACCGCGGCCCUACGAUUCCUCAUAGCAUCAUGAAAGACUCCGCAGAGAAUCGCGACAGUCAUAGGCUAAAGCAGACCGCUCAAGAGAAAACAAAGACUGCACAGUGGACUUUCACAAAUAUUGUCCAGGAGUCGCUCAACCCGUCACCACCCACAAGCCUGCCCCUGGUCAUCUCCAACGAGGCACCACCGGAUGUCGAUUCCUCCGAAUACCAAGAGUACCUUAACGGGAGCUGGCACACGGAAGGUCUAGUCUCUACUGGUACUGAAGACGACAUCGACGCGUAUAAUGACUUACUGCGGAUUGGCGAAAACCCGCUGACCGUGACGGAUGAGGAUUUGCCGAAGAAACGGUAUAAGGCGUAUAAGAAAUGGCUUAGAGGUAAAUCCCUCUUCAAGCAGCAGCCGGUCGAUUAG